AAAAAAAAUUAUCCAACAAACCAAAUCGCUCCUCUUCACAGCUUUCUAUCUCACAGGUUUUUUUUUUUUUUUUUUCAAGGAGACUACUUAUUCAUCUUAUUCCUGAAAAGAUUUGGAAUUCAGAGUGCUUAUUCACUGUCUGAGACAAAGGCAUUGGCUUUGCUGAGUAAGAAGGCAGGUUCUAUGGUGGAGUACAACUUAAAGUACCUACCCUCAAUCUCUCCAGAUAAGGUGUUUCUUGAGUGCAAUAAAAGUUAGAGAAAAUAGUUUUGAGGGGAAUAGUGGCUGAGAGCUUCAAUGGCAGAGCCCACACCAGUGUCAACUCUAGCCUCUCAAAUAUGCAAUCAGAUUAGCUCUGUUUUCAAACAACCCAUCUCCGGACCCACCGCCCUGGAAGUGAUUGUGGAAGAAGUGGCGGCGACAGCCAAGGGCAACGGCCAAAUCUUCGUCUACGGCGUAGGACGAGAAGGUUUAAUGCUGAAGGCUUUGUGCAUGAGGCUCUUCCAUCUGGGUCUCUCCGCCCACUGCGUCUUCGACAUGACCACCCCGCCAAUCGCUUCUCCUGACCUCUUGAUUGCUUCGGCCGGACCGGGGGGUUUCUCCACCGUCGAUGCAAUUUGCGAGGUAGCAAGAUCCAACGGGGCAAGGGUAGUGUUGCUGACCGCUCAGCCUGAGUCAAAAUCUUCUUGUGUCAAGCAUGCGAGCGUGGUUGCUCAUAUCCCAGCUCAGACUAUGGCGGAUGAUCAGGUUGCUGCUGAUCCCAAAUCUAAGCCAUUGCUUCCAAUGGGAAGUCUGUAUGAAGGGGCCAUGUUUGUGCUAUUUGAGAUGGUAGUCUUCAAAUUGGCUGAGGUUUUGGGUCAGAGUUCAGAGGUCAUUCGUGCUCGCCAUACUAAUCUUGAGUAGAAUGUAUGAGUUCUAAAACUUAAGUGCCAGGACACUUUGGAUUGACCCAAUCAUGUUAGUCACUCUGCCUUUGCAAGAAAAUCAGUCUUGAACUUCUGUUUUAGCAUUUUCUUUGUGGGAUUUCAUGUAUUGACUCCGAUGUAAUAAAAUACAAAAUGCUGAAUUUCCUAUUCCAAAGUGCAAUGAUGAGUGGAUUAGGCUUGUUAAGUGGA